GAUGAAGGCGUUAUGUGACGUCUUUCUGCCAACCAAGCAAUGUAGAUUUGAGAAACAAUGGAAAUAGCAUUUUGCGUAACUCGCAUACAGUCUCAUAACACAUGUUGAAAUGUUUGUGCAAAUGUUUUGGAAUUGCCCAAGUCCACACGAUACGGACAAUGAAAAAAAAAUAAAAGGUAUGUAACAAUUUGACAUAAAAAGACAAACAUGAAUACCCGUUAACCCAUUAUUAUUUGUAUUGCUCAGAACGUCCGUAAUUCCCGAAACAAUACGGCUGAUUUAAAUGUUACGAAGACGCUAUACUCAAUAAAACGCAAGCGAUCUAACCAUGCCAAACAUUAUUAAGUUUAAUAUAGUGGAAAACUUCAAAUCAAAAAGGAUGCUGCCUAUUCCCGGACACGCCCUGCUGCCAGUGUGCCAUCUCCACCGUCUCGUCCGCUAAAUAGCAGCCACCGUUUUCCAGGCGUUCAAAUUAAUGUUGAGAAUGCCUGACGAAAACUUCAAGUUCAGAUAAAAAACAUUAACAUUUGAAGCGACGCCCCGCGUUUGACUGAACUGAGCUCGUCUUCUGUUCAUCGCUGCAGAGAAAGACAGUCCUACCCGGCAUGUCUGCAAAAGUGGCUCAUGCGCAGGAUACGCAACACCACUCCACGGAGAAGCCCCUGAUCCAGUGCUAUAAGUGCAGGCAGCCAUGCAAGGGCGAGGUGCUGCGGGUUCAAAACAAACACUUUCAUCUAAAGUGCUUCACCUGUAAAGCGUGCGGAUGUGACCUAGCCCAGGGCGGCUUCUUCAUGAAGAAUGGAGAUUAUCUGUGCACAUUGGACUACCAACGCAUGCACGGUACCCGCUGCACUGGAUGUGGGGACUUUGUGGAGGGGGAAGUGGUCACUGCACUGGGCAAGACCUAUCACCCUGCCUGCUUUGUUUGCACCGUUUGCAAACGGCCAUUCCCAGCCGGAGACAGGGUGACCUUCAACGGGAAGGACUGUCUGUGUCAGUACUGUGUUGAGCCAAUGUCUCCAGGACCAAAAGACAUCUUGGGUGCCAGCAAUUGUGCAGGAUGCGGUCGAGAUAUUAAGAAUGGACAGGCUCUCCUAGCAUUAGACAAACAGUGGCAUCUCGGCUGCUUCAAGUGCAAGGCCUGCGGGAAAGUGCUAACCGGAGAGUACAUCAGCAAGGACGGUGCACCGUACUGUGAGAAGGACUACCAGAUUCAUUUUGGAGUCCAGUGUGAAGCGUGUCAUCAAUUCAUCACAGGCAAAGUACUUGAGGCAGGAGAUAAACAUUACCACCCCAGCUGUGCGAGAUGCAGCAGGUGCAAUCAGAUGUUUACGGAAGGAGAGGAGAUGUACCUCCAAGGAUCAACAGUGUGGCAUCCCGGCUGCAAGAACACGACUAGAACAGAGGAGAGACACAGGGAGAGGCUACUGCCUCCGUCCCUCUUAUUCCUUCAAAAAACAGAAAGGCAGCCAACGAGGUCGUCAUCUGAGAGUAUUUGUUCCAGACCUGGUUCAAGCAUACCUGGCUCACCGGGUCACACAAUCUAUGCAAAAGUAGACAAUGAGAUUCUUGAUUACAGAGACCUAGCUGCCAUUCCAAAAGUCAAAGCCAUUUAUGACAUUGAGCGCCCUGACCUUAUUACCUAUGAACCUAUGUACACCACCUCCUUGGAGGAGAGAGAGGAGAGACGAGAAAGUGUAGGAGAGCUUCUUCAUGCCAGGAAGGAGCGUUCGCCCUUGCCUGAUGAAAAAUCUUUUAGAACCAUGUCUCCAACUCUAUCCAAUGAGGGAUGUUAUGACAAAAGAGAACGCAUUCUCCAGAGGUCCACCAGUCAGGGCUCCUUAGGCUCGCCAGUUUAUAAUCGCCAUGGCUACACCCCCACUCUGUCACGGUCCCCGCAGCAUUUUCACAGGCCAGAAGCUCUGACAGGCAUGCAGAAGCUCUGCUCCUCCUUGUGCAGUAACAGUGUGGGCUCCAGAAAUAGUGACUCCCGGCCCACCUCUCCUUUUAGACACCACUUCCUCCCCCAUAGUCAAGGCACUGACUCACCAAGCGGCCGGAGCUCCCCUCUCCCGCUUAGGCCCGACAGCCGGCCGGGCACCCCGCCUCUCUGUCUGACCCCUAAACAUUUUCACCUCCCAGAUCAAGGCAGUAACAUCUACAGAAAACCACCUAUCUACAAACAAUACGCUGCCAUAGCACGUCAAAGCAAGUCGGCUGAUGACAUCAUCAGAUCUGCCACCUUCCCUGCUGCCCAUGCUCCCUCUCCAGAUGACAGCUUACAGAGCGAGGGCGAUUGUUGGCCCUCCCCUAACGUUCUAUUAGGUACAGAGGGAAGAAGACGAUCCAGAGAAGAGGAGGAGGAAGAUGCCUUGAAAAGAAAGCAGCUUCAGGAAGAACAUCUCAACAAGAUCCAGUCAGGUUUGGGAAAGCUAAUUCUCAGGGAGGAGAUGGAAAAAGAGCAGAUUAGGGAACGCUACACAAGGAGUGUCUCUGCUCAUCGCUAUGACACCAAGCAGGAUAACGGAGAUGCAGAUCCAACUUCUCCAACGAGAACAAACUCUUUGCCUGGAUAUGGGAGGAAUGGCCUUCACCGGCCCCAGUCAACAGAUUUCACACAAUACAACAGCUAUGGCGACAUGUAUGGCGGAGGCAGAGACUUUCAGCACAUUAAGGAUGGCCGUGCAGCACUUGCAAGGAUGGACAGGGGAGUAUCUAUGCCUAAUAUGUUGGAACCCAAAGUGUAUCCCUAUGAAAUGCUCGUGAUAACCAGUAGAGGGAGAGCUAAACUGCCCAGGGAUGUGGACAGAACCAGACUGGAGCGCCACUUAGCAGCCGAAACGUUCUUUGACAUCUUUGGAAUGGAGAUCCAGGAGUUUGACAGGCUUCCCCUGUGGAAACGCAACGACAUGAAAAAGAAGGCCAAGCUUUUCUAGCGCUCGCAGCAGCAUGCAUCCACACACGUGCACAUUCAAACAAACCAUUCAUGAAAACAAUCAUCUAGGCUAGGCUUCGGUUUGUUUCCUUAAUUUCUUCUUGAUUUUAUUUUUUUCUACCUUCUGACAUGAACUCUUUUUGCUCGGACACUUCCUGAGACUCUGAGCUGAAUGGUGCAACUCAUUAGAUUUGCACAGGGAACUCAUAAUCACGAAUCAUUUCAUGUUCAAAAAUGACAAAGAAUGAAUGAUAAAUAGGAUGAUGACAUGUGUAUUGAUGGCGCUUGUUUUUUUCUUGCUUUGCUUUCUUCCUUUUUAUGCUCGUUGCUUCCUGCUAUUUGUUGCUGUUGACCCCUGUGGAACUUUGUAAGUGCGGUAGAACUUUAUGACGCCACAGAAUGUCCACUCUAGUAGCCUGAAUAUACAUCUGCUUUCCUUUGCUGGGACCAAAAAAUAUUUGGUCCAAAGGUUGCAUCAGUUGGUUCAGUGAGUCUUUGAAUAAUAGAAGUAAUUAAAAAGAAAGAAAAAAAAACACUGCGAAAGCAGUCAACUGACCAGCCGAAACAGUUUUCCUGCUUCACUAAGCUAAUGAACGAUCCAAGCAUCUACACUCAGCCUUCAUAUCUUGCCUCCUGGACAUGCCAGCUUUCAUUAGAUCCUUAUAAAGAGAAAAUGGCACUCCUCUCAGGCUCUCUGAAACAUGGCCGGACAUUUACCCCUCACCUUUAUUGAAAAUAUACAUCUUAAUAUAUUUUAUUGCCAUACCCAAUAUACAGUAAGAGAUCAGUAGAUAAUAUACCUAAUGUAAGCAAGCCUGUUUGACAGUAUUGUUUUAUACAGUGAUUGAAAACUCACGCUGCCGGUUGUUGUUUUGAAAACGAAGCCAAUAAAGCUUUAAAUCACCAUGAA